UCGUGUCGGCUGAAGGGGCGGGUGGAGUGCCGCGCGUUGCGUCCCGGCGCUCGGCUUUCCCUGCCGGUCCCGCCCUCCGUCGCGGCGGCGCGGUGUAUCUUGGGAUAGGGAGCGAUCUCCGAGCGAGGCAGCAAGAUGGACGCGGGAUUCUUCCGCGGAACAAGUGCAGAACAGGAUAAUCGGUUCAGCAAUAAACAGAAGAAGCUACUGAAGCAGCUGAAAUUUGCAGAAUGCCUAGAAAAAAAGGUGGACAUGAGCAAAGUAAAUUUGGAGGUUAUAAAGCCUUGGAUAACAAAACGAGUAACGGAAAUCCUUGGGUUUGAAGAUGAUGUUGUGAUUGAGUUUAUAUUCAACCAGCUGGAAGUGAAGAAUCCAGACUCCAAAAUGAUGCAAAUCAACCUGACUGGGUUUUUGAAUGGAAAAAAUGCUAGAGAAUUUAUGGGAGAACUGUGGCCCCUCCUCUUAAGUGCACAAGAAAACAUCGCUGGAAUCCCUUCUGCUUUUCUAGAACUGAAGAAAGAAGAAAUAAAACAGAGACAAAUUGAACAAGAAAAGUUGGCUUCUAUGAAAAAGCAAGAUGAAGACAAGGAUAAGAGGGAUAAGGAAGAAAAAGAAAGCAGCAGAGAAAAAAGGGAGAGGUCUCGAAGCCCAAGAAGACGCAAAUCCAGAUCUCCUUCCCCUAGAAGACGAUCUUCCCCUGUCAGGAGAGAGAGAAAGCGCAGUCAUUCUCGAUCUCCCCGUCACAGAACCAAGAGCCGGAGUCCUUCCCCUGCUCCAGAAAAGAAGGAAAAAACUCCAGAGCUCCCAGAACCAUCAGUGAAAGUAAAAGAACCUUCAGUACAAGAGGCCACUUCUACUAGUGACAUCCUGAAAGUUCCCAAACCUGAACCUGUACCAGAGCCUAAAGAACCUUCUCCAGAGAAAAAUUCCAAAAAAGAAAAGGAGAAGGAGAAGACCCGACCAAGAUCUCGGUCACGUUCCAAAUCAAGAUCCCGGACACGGUCUCGCUCUCCUUCUCAUACUCGACCUAGACGACGUCAUAGAUCCCGAUCAAGAUCAUACUCACCUAGAAGGAGGCCAAGUCCGAGAAGGCGGCCAUCUCCUCGAAGAAGAACCCCACCAAGACGAAUGCCACCUCCACCCAGGCAUAGAAGGAGUAGAUCUCCAGUGAGACGAAGAAGGCGUUCAUCAGCAUCCUUGUCUGGAAGUAGCUCAUCGUCCUCUUCGUCUCGUUCCCGGUCACCGCCAAAGAAGCCUCCUAAGAGGACAUCCAGCCCCCCUCGAAAAACUCGUAGGUUAUCUCCUUCAGCGAGUCCUCCCAGGCGAAGGCAUAGGCCAUCACCUCCAGCAACUCCACCGCCAAAAACUCGUCAUUCCCCAACACCCCAGCAGUCAAACCGUACAAGAAAAAGUCGUGUUUCUGUCUCUCCAGGGAGAACUUCAGGUAAAGUGACAAAACAUAAAGGUACUGAGAAAAGAGAGUCCCCUUCACCAGCACCUAAGCCUAGAAAAGUAGAGUUAUCUGAAUCAGAAGAAGAUAAAGGUGGCAAAAUGGCUGCGGCAGAUUCUGUGCAGCAGAGACGUCAAUACAGACGACAGAACCAGCAGUCUUCAUCUGAUUCUGGCUCCUCUUCUUCCUCAGAAGAUGAGCGACCCAAGAGGUCCCAUGUGAAGAAUGGUGAGGUAGGCAGGCGGCGGAGACAUUCUCCUUCCCGGAGUGCCUCUCCAUCACCUCGAAAGCGCCAGAAGGAGACUUCCCCUCGGAUGCAAAUGGGAAAGCGAUGGCAAUCGCCAGUGACUAAAAGUGGUAGACGGAGGAGGAGUCCCUCUCCACCACCCACCAGAAGGCGACGUUCUCCUUCUCCUGCCCCUCCUCCUCGUAGGCGCAGGUCUCCCACGCCGCCACCACGACGAAGGACUCCUUCUCCUCCACCCCGCCGGCGCUCACCUUCUCCAAGAAGAUACUCUCCUCCUAUACAGAGGAGAUACUCUCCUUCCCCGCCUCCGAAGAGAAGAACAGCUUCUCCCCCUCCCCCUCCUAAACGAAGGGCAUCACCAUCUCCACCACCAAAGCGUCGGGUCUCCCAUUCUCCACCUCCCAAACAAAGAAGCUCCCCAGUCACCAAGAGACGUUCACCUUCAUUAUCAUCAAAGCAUAGGAAAGGGUCUUCCCCGAGCCGGUCUACGCGUGAACCCCGGUCACCACAACCAAACAAAAGGCAUUCGCCCUCACCACGGCCUCGAGCUCCUCAAACCUCCUCAAGCCCUCCACCUGUUCGAAGAGGAGCGUCGUCAUCACCCCAAAGAAGGCAGUCCCCUUCUCCAAGUACUAGGCCCAUUAGGAGAGUCUCCAGGACUCCGGAACCCAAAAAGACAAAAAAGGCUGCCUCACCAAGCCCUCAGUCUGUAAGGAGGGUCUCGUCCUCCCGAUCUGUCUCAGGAUCUCCUGAGCCAGCAGCUAAAAAGCCCCCAGCACCUCAGUCUCCUGUCCAGUCCCAGUCCCCCUCAACCAACUGGUCACCAGCGGUACCGGUCAAAAAGGCUAAAAGCCCAACACCAAGCCCAUCUCCAGCGAGGAACUCAGACCCAGAAGGAGGUGGAAAGAAGAAGAAGAAAAAGAAGGACAAGAAACACAAAAAGGAUAAGAAGCACAAGAAACACAAAAAACACAAGAAGGAAAAGGCCGUGGCGGCAGCCGCAGCAGCAGCAGCAGCAGCAGCAGCUGUCACCCCUGCGGCCCCCACUGCCCCCACGACCACAUCAGCACAGGAGGAACCGGAGGCAGAGCCCGAGCCUAAGAAGGAGACCGAAAGCGAGCCUGAAGACAACCUCGACGACUUAGAAAAGCACCUGCGUGAAAAGGCGCUGAGAUCGAUGCGGAAGGCUCAAGUGUCCCCACAGUCUUAGGCGGGAAUGUGUGUCACGAUGUACAUUUUAUUUGGUUUGUACGCAAUUCAAUUUCAAAAUUGCUAAAAUGUGUUUGAGCUUUAGACUAUAACAUUUGUUGUAAUAAUUGCUAGGUUGAAGUUCACCAUGUAAAAAAAAAGGGCAUGGAUUUACAUUGCAAAAGGUGUCCACAGUGUAUUAGUGACAUUCUUUCAUUGACAGCUGACAUAAAUUCAUUUAGAGUGAAAUAUUUUAAGCCAAAAAAAAUCCCCUUUUUAAAAAAGGGGGUUUCAAUAUUGUUGGCAUUCUUAUGGUUUCUUUUUAAAGGCCUUGGCUAUUCCCAGAGGUUUUCCUUUCUUCUCAUUUUUUUUCUUUAUUUUUUUCUCAUUUGAGUCUUAGCACCCGUUUAAGUUAUGAUGCUUCCAACCUUGGAUGGUUUGCGAGCUUGCCCAGAAACAAGACCACUGUCGAACUGCCACAAAAGUAUAAAUGAAUAUUUUAAUGCCACAAUCUUUCCUGUUGCCUGUGGAGUCUCUGCUGAAACGAAUCAGGAUUUGAACUCUAGGAUGAGACCGAAAAUGAAAGCAUGUUGUUUGCCAGGACACUGUGGGUUUAUAUUGAUGUGUAACAAGUUGAUUUGGAACACUGGAAUUUCAUUCUAUUCUGUUGUGUUUUUUUUUUUUUUUUGUAAAGGCAAUUAACUAGUCCCAGGAAGGAUCCUUCAGUUAUAUAAAAGUUUGUUUUAUGAAAUGUCAUGGCUCCAUUCAUAAUUUUGUCUUGUUCUUCCAAUUGGUAUAUACAACUUUCAGAGCUCUCAUAUUUGGAAGGCUGGAAGGGCCCAGACUUUGAAAUAGUGUCUUGUUUUCACUGUUUUUGUUUUAUUUUUUGUUUUUGUUUUUUUUUUUUUUUAAACUAAAGCUAUAUAAAGCUUGUGGAUUAAACAGAAUAAAUUUCUAAAUUUAAAAA